GUUGUCACCGUUGUCACUGUUGUCACUGUUGUCACCGUUGUCACCGUUGUCACUGUUGUCACUGUUGUCACCGUUGUCACUGUUGUCACUGUUGUCACCGUUGUCACCGUUGUCACCGUUGUCACCGUUGUCACUGUUGUCACCGUUGUCACCGUUGUCACCGUUGUCACUGUUGUCACUGUUGUCACCGUUGUCACCGUUGUCACUGUUGUCACUGUUGUCACCGUUGUCACCGUUGUCACCGUUGUCACCGUUGUCACUGUUGUCACCGUUGUCACCGUUGUCACUGUUGUCACCGUUGUCACCGUUGUCACCGUUGUCACCGUUGUCACUGUUGUCACUGUUGUCACUGUUGUCACCGUUGUCACUGUUGUCACUGUUGUCACCGUUGUCACCGUUGUCACUGUUGUCACCGUUGUCACCGUUGUCACUGUUGUCACUGUUGUCACCGUUGUCACCGUUGUCACUGUUGUCACUGUUGUCACUGUUGUCACCGUUGUCACCGUUGUCACCGUUGUCACCGUUGUCACUGUUGUCACCGUUGUCACUGUUGUCACCGUUGUCACCGUUGUCACCGUUGUCACCGUUGUCACUGUUGUCACCGUUGUCACCGUUGUCACUGUUGUCACCGUUGUCACCGUUGUCACGUGUUGUCACCGUUGUCACUGUUGUCACUGUUGUCACCGUUGUCACCGUUGUCACCGUUGUCACCGCGUUCUCACCGUUGUCACCGUUGUCACUGUUGUCACCGUUGUCACCGUUGUCACCGUUGUCACUGUUGUCACCGUUGUCACCGUUGUCACUGUUGUCACCGUUGUCACCGUUGUCACUUGUCACCGUUGUCACCGUUGUCACAGUUGUCACCGUUGUCACCGUUGUCACCGUUGUCACUGUUGUCACCGUUGUCACCGUUGUCACCGUUGUCACCGUUGUCACUGUUGUCACCGUUGUCACCGUUGUCACCGUUGUCACCGUUGUCACUGUUGUCACCGUUGUCACCGUUGUCACUGUUGUCACCGUUGUCACUGUUGUCACCGUUGUCACCGUUGUCACUGUUGUCACCGUUGUCACCGUUGUCACCGUUGUCACUGUUGUCACCGUUGUCACCGUUGUCACCGUUGUCACCGUUGUCACCGUUGUCACUGUUGUCACCGUUGUCACCGUUGUCACCGUUGUCACCGUUGUCACUGUUGUCACCGUUGUCACUGUUGUCACCGUUGUCACCGUUGUCACCGUUGUCACCGUUGUCACCGUUGUCACCGUUGUCACCGUUGUCACUGUUGUCACUGUUGUCACCGUUGUCACCGUUGUCACCAUUGUCACCGUUGUCACCGUUGUCACCGUUUUCACCAUUGUCACCGUUGUCACCGUUGUCACUGUUGUCACCGUUGUCACCGUUGUCACCGUUGUCACCGUUGUCACCGUUGUCACCGUUGUCACCGUUGUCACCGUUGUCACCGUUGUCACCGUUGUCACCGUUGUCACCGUUGUCACCGUUGUCACCGUUGUCACCGUUGUCACCGUUGUCACCGUUGUCACCGUUGUCACCGUUGUCACCGUUGUCACCGUUGUCACCACGUUGUCACCGUUGUCACCGUUGUCACCGUCACCGUUGUCACCGUUGUCACCGUUGUCACCGUUGUCACCGUUGUCACUGUUGUCACCGUUGUCACCGUUGUCACCGUUGUCACCGUUGUCACCGUUGUCACCGUUGUCACCGUUGUCACCGUUGUCACCGUUGUCACUGUUGUCACCGUUGUCACCGUUGUCACCGUUGUCACCGUUGUCACCGUUGUCACCGUUGUCACUGUUGUCACCGUUGUCACCGUUGUCACCGUUGUCACCGUUGUCACCGUUGUCACCGUUGUCACUGUUGUCACCGUUGUCACUGUUGUCACCGUUGUCACCGUUGUCACCGUUGUCACCGUUGUCACUGUUGUCACCGUUGUCACCGUUGUCACUGUUGUCACCGUUGUCACUGUUGUCACUGUUGUCACCGUUGUCACUGUUGUCACUGUUGUCACCGUUGUCACCGUUGUCACUGUUGUCACCGUUGUCACCGUUGUCACCGUUGUCACCGUUGUCACUGUUGUCACUGUUGUCACUGUUGUCACCGUUGUCACCGUUGUCACUGUUGUCACCGUUGUCACCGUUG